AUGAUACGAGUCACUAAAGAAGACACCACAAUCACGUGGUGGAGUGUGGUUAAUAGUGAUAUAGCUAACUCUGAGGUACCCUUAACAAAGCAGAUUAAAUUCCACUGGUUAAUCAUUAUAGACUGCAGGAAGUUCAGCAACAACAUUCUUAAGAACAAUAGCCAUACUGAACAGAGCAAUGUGUCUAAGUUUUAUUGUCACUACUGCAAAACAUACCUCACCUAUGACUCUCCAUCAAUGAGAAAGAUACACUGCAGUGGUCAGAAACACAAAAAGAAUGUGAAAGACUACUUUCAGAAAUGGAUGGAAGAGCACGCUCAGAGCCUGAUUGAGAAAAUAACCGUUGCCUUUCAGCAAGGGAAGAUGUCCCCUACACCAUUCUCUGUUCUUCCUCCUCAAGCAAUGAUCCCACCUCACCCCAGUCUCCUGGGUCCUCCUCAUCCUGGUAUGAUGCCAGCACCCCAUGGGGGCCCUCCCAUGAUGCAAAUGAUGGGCCUUCCUCCUCCUGGGAUGAUGCCAAUGGGGCCUACUCCUAGAAUGAACCUGCGUACAGGAGGCCACAUGUCAAAGAUGCCUGGGCCCCCAGUGAUGAGACCUCCAGCCCAUCCCAUGAUGGUGCCCACUUGGCCAAGAACGAAUCGACCAGAUAAAUAAGGAGAGACAAGAACCUCUUUAUAUCCAUUUUAUUUUACUUGUUCUAUUUCACCAAGAGAUCAUGGUGCUGUGACUCUGGGUGUUUUCUAACAGCAUGACAAGGAAGACUUCUUCUCCUUCCUAUCAAAGGAGAAUAGUUUUCCAAGGAAGUAGUGGGACUUAAAAAAA